AUGUCUGGCAGACCACCGAUGGAUUCGUACUCAAAGCAGAUGUCAAAUAUAGACAAAUGGCAAAUGAAGAAACAAAUAGGAUGCCAACCCAUGACAGCGGAGAUGCCAUUGUAUAGCAAUAUACCGGUGAUAGACGAGGACGUGUCUGAUCUGCCACUCCCUCCGCCACCACUACAGCCACUGAACUACUCUCCGCCUAAGAAUCAGCAGCCAUUCCCUGAGCCACCUGUCGAUCUGGAUGUCGUGUCCAACGGCGCCAACUCUCCCGCCAAUAGCUGGACAGCCAACGAGUCCAACGCCAGUUACGCCACUUUCAGACCCCAGUCUUCUGUGUGCCAGUGGUUUGUCUUCGCUAUACUCAGCCGGAUAUUAUCCACCGAACAGUCGCUCUCGAUCUGCUGUCUCAGCCAAUCCUUUGAGCAGAAAUACUAUUGGAAAGGAAGCCGAAGUCGACCACUUGACUGA